AUGUUAUUAACUAGCGAAAAUAUUGAAUUCUACACUUAAAGAAGAAAAUAGUAUACUUAAGAUUUCCUUAAGUUGACGAAUCAAUUUAAACCUAAACUAGAGCAAUUACAAAGGCGUUUAAUAGCAUAAAAGCAGAUUGUCGAUGGUCCAAUUAAAAUUUUGAAUACAACAUAAAAAGGGAAAAAGUUCAGUAGAGUUUUAUUGUCUCUUUCUAAGUCCAAAGAAGUUUAAAAUAAAAUUGAUUAAGAAAUGAACAGGUGCUCUUAUUAAUAUGAACUUGACGAGGCCUUAAAUUGUAAGUAUUAAUAACUUUAUUAUAAAGAUUCAAUUAUUCUUAAACAUGUAAAAAGAUUUAAUAGUCUAUGAUUCCUUUGAUUGAAAAUAUUAAACUUCAAAUCAAAGAAAAGAACCAGGAAUUAUCAAUCAAUGAUCAGAAUUCAAAUUAAUAUAUGCAGGUAUUAAUCAAUUUUACAUAAGAGAGAAGAAUUGGAAAAAAUAAAAAUGAAAUCAAAUCGUUACUCAAAAAUUAUUGAAAAGNUUUUUGUAAAGGAAUAAGAAUUAUUAGCCCACUCUCUUUAAUUAUGCGAACCAAUAUGA